GUCUCCACCAGGACGCACCGAAGGGGCGGGGCCAAGCAACAGCAGCAGCAACAUGGCGGCAGAUUACUGGGAGCCACAGAGAACCGAGAUUCUGUCAGACUGAACCGAGCCGCAGGAAACCCGGAACAGACCGGGUCAACGAGUCCCGGUGUGGCCUCCAGGCUGGCGGCCCAACCCACCUUGGCGUCACGCCCCCCUCUGCCUCCCCGCCCUCCCCUGAUGGAGAGGAUGAGGAAGAUCAAGCGGCAGCUGUCGCUCACUCUCGGGAGGGGCGGGGCUGGGGAAGGGGACAGAACAGUGAGUGACACCAUCAACCAGGAAGUGACAUCACACAGUGAUUCAGAGGUGUCUGUCCGCUCGUCAGGAGGUUUGAAGGCUCGGUCUUCGUCUUCGUCUCUUCAGUCUCUUCUUCAGUCGUACAGAAAACCACGAGCACUCGGACGAAGUUUGAGCUCAUACCUCAACCAUGCUAACAGGCUAGAAAUCGUCCAUGAGGACAUGAAGAUGAGCUCAGACGGAGAAAGUGACGCAGCGUCUUCAUCAGACGACGUCCAGAGUCCAGUGAGAGUCCGACUGAGGAACAAGAAGAUUUCUACUGAGGACAUAAACAAGCGUCUCUCGUUACCUGCUGACAUCCGUCUUCCUGACGAUUACCUGGAGAAGUUUAACGUGAUUGGUCCGUCUUUGUUUGAGCAGCCAAUCAGCAGGCGUCUCCGCAGAGUGUCUCUGUCAGAAAUUGGUUUUGGGAAACUGGAAACUUACAUCAAACUGGACAAACUGGGAGAGGGAACGUAUGCCACAGUGUACAAAGGUCGCAGUAAACUGACGGAGAACCUGGUGGCGCUGAAGGAAAUUCGACUGGAACAUGAAGAAGGAGCUCCGUGCACGGCCAUCAGAGAAGUGUCGCUGUUGAAGGAUCUGAAACACGCCAACAUCGUCACCCUUCAUGACAUCAUCCACACACAGAAGUCACUCACACUGGUGUUUGAAUACCUGGACAAAGAUCUUAAACAGUACCUGGACGACUGUGGAAACAUGAUCCAUGUUCACAAUGUCAAACUGUUUCUGUUUCAGCUGCUUCGAGGUCUGUCAUACUGUCACCGCAGGAAAGUCCUGCACCGAGACCUGAAACCCCAGAACCUGCUCAUCAACGAACGAGGAGAACUGAAGCUGGCUGACUUUGGUUUGGCUCGAGCUAAGUCGAUCCCGACAAAGACGUACUCUAACGAGGUGGUGACGCUGUGGUAUCGACCGCCCGACAUUCUCCUGGGCAGCACUGACUAUUCUACACACAUCGACAUGUGGGGCGUCGGCUGUAUCUUCUAUGAGAUGGCGACGGGUCGUCCUCUGUUUCCUGGUUCCACGGUGGAGGAGGAGCUUCACUUCAUCUUCAAACUGCUUGGAACACCGACAGAGCGUACGUGGCCGGGGAUCACUGCAAACGAUGAGUUUGUGUCAUACAGUUACCCUCAGUACAGAGCAGAAACGCUGAGUCACCACAUGCCCAGGCUCAGCAGUGAAGGAGUGGAAUUGUUGUCAAAGUUCUUAAAGUUUGAAGGAAAGAAGAGAGUCUCUGCGGACGAGUCGCUUCAUCAUCGUUACUUCAGUAACCUUGGAAACAGAGUAAAGUCACUUCCUGACACCACUUCUAUCUUCAGUCUGCCAGAGAUUCACCUGGAGAAGGAAACUGUGAGAGCGACGACAGCAACACCUGAGCCAGCAAAUAGCCCAAACAGGAGGCGGAGUCUUCUCUUCUGACAUAACUGUAGCGGGCGGGGUCUUCUGCAGGACAACGACAAACUGGAAAAAAUGGCUCUUUUAUUUUUGUGGAUUAAAAGUUAAACGUUUUAAAAGAAGAAGAAUCUGCAUCUGUCUGACCAAUCAGAAGAUCCGACACAUGAACGCUUGAUGGAGUGAAUUCUGUCUUCCAUUUUAUUUCACAGACACCAGUGAUGUCAUCGAUGACAUCACAGUCAGCUGUGAGGCUAAUGCUGCACGUUUUUAAACAAAACGGGAAGAAACAGAUCAAUACCUGGAAUAAAAGGACACCUGUUUCAUCAACACACCUCAACCAAUCAGUCAAUCAAUACGUCCCUCCAUUCAGUCCAACAUUUAUAAAACUAAUGCUAACCUUACACUGAACACUACAUGACUGUUAAGAGACUUUCACCCAGGUCAAAGGUCACAUGUGAGUGGGGAGAUUUUUUGUUUGUUUUGUUAGCGUUGGCUCACUAGUGUUCAUGUAAGCAAGAAGUUAAAGGAAAUUGACCUGAAACACGCAACCUCAUCUUUGACUGACUUAACGAGACGGCCAUGUUUGUUAAAACGUGUUUUAUUUUGAAAGAAUGGAAGAUGGUCCUGCGUUUGUGUGGGACAUGAAUGCAGGAGUCUUCUGUUAGCAUGUAUACAGUAGUACACUACUGUAUACAUGCUAACAGUAAUGUACUACUGUAUACAAGCUGACAGUAGUGUACAACUGUAUACAUGCUAACAGUAGUACACUCCUGUAUAAAAGCUACAUGUAUGCAGGAACCUUCUGUUAGCAUGUAUACAGUAGUACACUACUGUAUACAUGCUAACAGUAAUGUAUACAAGCUGACAGUAGUGUACAACUGUAUACAUGCUAACAGUAGUACACUCCUGUAUAAAAGCUACAUGUAUGCAGGAACCUUCUGUUAGCAUGUAUACAGUAGUACACUACUGUAUACAUGCUAACAGUAAUGUACUACUGUAUACAAGCUGACAGUAGUGCACUCCUGUAUAAAAGCUACAUGUAUGCAGGAACCUUCUGUUAGCAUGUAUGCAGUAGUAUACUACUGUUAGCAUGCAUACAGGAGCCCUCUGUUAGCAUACCAUAGUGCACUACCGUUAGCAUGUAUACUGCUAAUAGCUAUACAAUAUGUAACUGUUAAGGCUGUAAACGGUAGUGUACUACUGUUAGCGUGUAUGCAGUAGCCUUCCGUUAGCAUAUGUACAGUGUCAAGCUAUUGUUAGCUUUGCUGUACACCACUGUUAGCGUGUAAACAGUAUUACUGUUAGAGUGUAUCUUCAGUUGUUCGCUGUUAGUGUCGGGAUUUGUCAGUUUACCUAGCGUGUGUACGCUGCUGCUGCUGUUAACAGUUAGCGUGGAUUAGCAUGUACAGAGUGAGCGUUUGUUUAUCUGUAAACGUUAUUUACGUAAUUUUCUUUUUAUAACAAGUUAACUUAUUGUUUUUAUCUUUUAGUUUUGUCAUCAUUUUUGUAGGUUUUUGGUUUUUUUGUAUUUUUCAAGUUGGGUUUUAAUAUUUUUCAAAGUAAAAGUUUCUGAUGUGAAUAAACAUUAGCAAUAUUAAAAUAUGGAGGAGAAAACAAUAACAGUGUUAAAUGUUUGUACGAGAUGCUUGAAAUAUUUCACAUAUUUAAGACUUUUUCUUUUUUCUUCUUGACGCUGAUCACCACAACAAAAUUAACGAUUUUUACAGAAAAACCAAACAAAAAAUGUGUAAUAUUUAGAAUAAUUAAAGAGGGAAAAAAUAUUUUCUGUUGAUCGUCGUUGUGAAGCGCUCUUUUGUUGAAGGAAGUGAUGUCACUGAGGGGGCGGGGUCACAGUGUCAGGUGAUUGUAUUGAGUUCCUGUGAAACAGAUCAGCUGAUCGACAUUAAUGUGAAGUGACUGUAAAUAUUUGUCAACACUGAUUCAAGAAGCAAAUAUUUAGAGAACAACUUUAAUGAAUAAUAAUGUUGAGGUGUUAUCGUAUUUAUCACAUUUCAGAAUAAAACAGACGCUUGUUUGUUUUAUGGAUCCUGAUGCUGAUUGUUUUUUUUUCUUGAUUAUGUAAAUGAACGUACAUGCUUUGUUUACAUACCAAAGUUAUUCGCAAUAUGAAACUGCACUGCAUGAUGGGAAUUUUCCUCCACAUGACUUCCAUGCAUAUUUCUUUUCCUUCCACCUGCGACGUGAUGAGCAGAGAGUUUAUCCUAUAACUGUUUACUACACGUAUACAAAUCACACUAUGAAUAAAAAGUAAAGAUAUUUAUUAGCA